GGUAUAAACAGGCUGUUCACGGCUGCUGUCGAGCACAUUCAGAAAGCUGAGCACAGCAGCAGAAGCUACAGCAGAUCACACAGAAGCAGUCAACAUGAGGCCAAUGCAGCAGAGCAUUAAGAUCUUAUACUAUGCCAAUAAAUCCGAGGAGCCGUUUGUGGAGAUCGUCUCUGUGAAGCAGCAGAACAAGCGGCGUCCGAGCGUCGCAAGCUCCGCAGACUCUGAAUCUGAUGACCUGCUGCCAGUGUUAACAGACCACAGUCAGAUUCUGAGCGAGCAUCAUCUGGAACACCUGAUGAAUCACAUCCCGGCUCGGACUCAGGGUUACUCUUGGAAGCUGGUGUACAGCACUGCGGAGCACGGCACCAGCCUGACGACUCUAUACCGACAGAUGAGAGAGCUCGACAGACCCGUCCUGAUGGUCAUCAAAGACUCGGACAAGCAGGUCUUUGGAGCGUUUUCCUCCGAUCCGUUCAAAGUCAGCAGCUACUGCUACGGGACGGGAGAGACGUUCCUCUACAGCUUCAGUCCGGAGUUUCAGGUCUUCCGCUGGAGUGGAGAAAACUCCUACUUUGUGAGAGGAUUCCUGGACUCUCUGCAGAUGGGAGGAGGAGGGGGUCCGUUUGGCUUGUGGCUGGAUUCUGACCUGUAUCGCGGCUCCAGUUACUCAUGCAGCACCUUCUGCAACCGUCCUCUCAGCCUCCAUCACGACUUCACCGUUCAGGAUCUGGAGGUGUGGACCUUCGUCUGAGCUCAAACCUGUUCCUGCUGUUUCCCGUGAACACUGCUGAUGAGAACAAGCUAUCCGUUGGUUCCAGCCGUGACUCGUCUGUUAACUUGAACAGAACCUGUUCUCUUCCUCAUGUGCGAGCGGCGUUAGAGCGUCUGCUAAAUGAACGAACAUGGAUGCACGGUGAACAUAAAGAAAACGAGCUGAGGCAGGUUUCGGGGUUAAGUUCCCAUUUCCAGUAACUGUAAGCGCUCCAGAGGCCUGACGGGACUUGAACGCAUAGCUCAAGCCCUGAGGACGAUGCCUGUGUAGGCGACUUAACACACUAGAUUUGAAACGAAGCCCUUGAGUACUACUGAUAUGCCUGAGGCACUUUGUGAUGGACUCGAGCUUUAGUGUCUUUACUGUAUUUUGAAAAGCACUUAGAGGAUGAAUGGUUUACUAUGUCAGACUAACUGCUUUGUGUCCCGCUGCCAUGAAAAGGAUGCAAAAAAAGGAAAAAUGGCUUGCUGUGUGACUGUGAUUUCACUACUACUUAUUGUUUUUUACUCUAUUUAAUAUCUGUGAUCACAUGUUGAGUUGUUUUGGGGUUUUGUGUUUGUCAUGCAGUG